GUGUAAUUUGUGGUGUGACAAAAGAGGAAAACCGAUUUUCCUCCUCAUAAUAUUUUCUGUCAGCGAAAUUCCUCCUGCUUAUAAUCGUUAUUCAUCCGCUAAAAGAGCUUCAUAUUGGUAAUUAUCGCAAGGAUCCGAUGGUAGUGACAUGAAAAAAGAAGGAUAGUGUCACGUUUUAUCCUUUAAAUUUAGACGGUCGACAGGAACUAUUGAAAAGUAGUGAACGUGCAAGUGUAUGCGUGCGCGAAAAUAUGUGAAGGUGUGCAAAGAAGAAAGGACGGGGAAAAUCGGAAUACGCAACAAAUUCUUAUAGUAAAACCGUAAAGGUCUGGCAACACGGUAAAGUCGGGAAAAUCGCGCAUACGUCAAAAAAGCAACGACAGACGAAAAGUCAGUCCGUCGGAAGACAGCAAAAAGUGAAGGCGAUCGCACAGUGCCAGGAGAGCCUAGCAACCAAGUAGAAGUGCGAGACGUCGUGAGUGCGAGUGUGCGAAGGAAAAAAAUGUCUUGAAAAAAAUCACUCUUUUACUUGCGCCAAUUAGGAAAUGUGUAAUGUUUUAUAAAAUCGCUGUUCAAGAAUGCCGAUUCAGGCGCCCCAAUGGACAGAAUUCCUCAGCUGUCCGGUUUGCUGCAACGAAUUUGCAGCAAAUUUACGUCCACCAAUCAGUCUAGGAUGUGGCCACACCAUAUGCCGUACUUGUUUGGCGACUCUGCACAGAAAGCAGUGUCCCUUCGAUCAGACAAUUAUAUCGACAGACCUAGAUAAUCUACCGGUAAACAAUGCCUUACUACAGUUGGUCAGCACCAGCAACGCAGCUGGUAGCAGUCCCGGGAGCGGUAAUGGCACCGGCAAUUCCUCGUCAGGAUCAUCCACCGGAGGCACAGUUACUCCCGGUGGCAGCGCAAUCGAUCCAGACCUUAGCUCACCUAGUGUUCAGAAUCUGAGCCCGGAGGAUUUGCUGUGUUACAAGACAGCCCGAGGAUGUAUCGAAGAGUUAGCCCUCUACCUGAAACCGUACCCAAAUGGUAACGCCGGUGGACUUCUUUCGCGUCCGAUGCAGCGCAAAUUGGUCACCCUGGUCAAUUGUCAGUUGAUUGAGGAUGAAGGACGUGCGCGAUCGUUGCGUGCCGCUCGCUCGCUAGGCGAACGAACGGUCACCGAGCUGAUACUGCAGCAUCAAAAUCCACAACAGCUAAGUACUAAUCUGUGGGCAGCGGUGAGAGCACGUGGCUGCCAAUUUCUCGGUCCAGCUAUGCAGGAGGAAGUGUUGAAGUUGGUGCUAUUAGCACUGGAGGAUGGAUCGGCACUUUCCAGGAAAGUAUUGGUUAUGUUUGUAGUACAACGAUUGGAGCCACAUUUCCCACAGGCUUCAAAAACCAGUAUCGGACAUGUUGUACAACUCCUGUACAGGGCAAGUUGUUUCAAAGUGUCAAAACGGGAGGGAGAUUCAUCAUUGAUGCAGUUGAAGGAAGAAUUCCGUACUUAUGAAGCACUGAGACGGGAGCAUGAUGCACAAAUAGUACAAAUUGCAACCGAAGCCGGUCUCCGGAUAGCUCCCGAUCAGUGGUCCUCCUUGCUGUAUGGCGAUACGGCACAUAAGUCACACAUGCAAAGCAUUAUAGACAAACUACAAACACCACAAUCAUUCGUGCAAUCCGUGCAGGAGUUGAUAAUAGCACUCCAGCGAACAGGUGAUCCAGCUAAUUUGUCCGGAUUGCGUGUGCAUCUCAAACAUCUCGCAAGCAUUGACUCGAAUGCUGAGAACCAUGUGCCAACGUGGCGCGAAUGUUCAACAGCGCUGGAAGCAGUCAAGCGGGUCGUUAUAGGCCUGGUCGAUUUUGUACAGCAUCAUGGCAACCGAAAAUUACAAGAGCCAGGACACUUAGCUCAUAAUAGUAAAUAUAAAAUUAGCCUGUGUCGUGACCUGAAUCUCCGAGGAACCUGCCCGCGCGGACCGAAUUGUACAUUUGCGCAUUCGGAAGAAGAACUCGAGAAAUAUCGUACAAAGCUUCGAAAGAACAACAUUCGAACUCCGAAUGGAAAAGAUCAUGGUGAAUACAUAGGAGAUCUUGCCAUGCCAUCCAGUUCACAUGGAUACCAUUCAUCUGGUGAGGAAGCUUCACCAAUGCGAUAUCCAAAGUCAGCUCCACCGAUGAGAUAUCUAGACAAAUCUCCGAUGAGCAGUCACAGUCACGCAAGCGGAAGUAGUAAUAGUAACAGUAGUCAUAAUAGUCAUUUAGCGCCAAUCCCACCCCAUCAACAUCCUCCGUACUCGAACGUGCCGCCUCCACCAACACCACUUCAACACGGUGCCAAUGGACGAAAUUUCAAUUUCAAUCCAAACUAUCCUGCUGGAGGAAACGGUAACCUUUCAUAUGGUAACCGGCCUCCACCACCACCUAUGCCACCUCCUCCGGUUCAUACUUCUGGACCGAUAAGAGGAAACUUUAUCCGACCGCCGAAUGGAAGCUACAUGGGACAUCCACCACCACCGCCCCCACCCAUGCAACACAAUCCCGGAAAUGGGCCUCCAAUGAACAUCUUACACGGUGGAAAUCAUCCUACAUAUCCCGCUAACCAACCACCACCAAUGGAUCAAGUGCAUCCGCAAUUGAUGAAUGGACCACCACCACCACCGCCACCAUUUGUAGGCAAUCAAGCGUUUCCAGACUAUCCGGAUAAGAUGGAACAGAGGCGACAGUUCAACCCGUGGGAAAAUCAACCCCCUCCAUCAAUUCCGAAUCCCAAUAAUGCACCUUCUGGUGCACCAGGUCCGCACUCUAUAGUUCCUCCUGUUAACUUAAUUGGGCAACAGCAUGCACCCAAAUCAGGUAUUAAUCCGUCUUAUCCGUCUGCUAUGAUGGGAAAUAAAAAUCAUAUGCCGCCGCCAGCAAUGACACCUCACUCGCAGCAUUCUAUGCCACCAUUGGCUUCUCAGCAAUCACAACAACAACAACAACAACAUCAUCCUGUACCAGGCAGUAGUGGCAAAUACUACCAAGGAAAUACUCCACUACACCACAAACCUCGUGAAUACCGCGAUAAACACCCCAUGAUUCCUAACAACAAUCGAAUGCAUAUGCCUCAUGCUCAUUCGCAGCCACCGCAUCAAACCCCUUCGAUGCAACAACAGCAACAAACAACGUUUGGUAAUGGCAAUAGAAGUAACCUGCAUAAUUCACUUUCACAAACGACUCCGAAUUUGUUAAGCAAUGGAAGUGGGACCUCUGGAAAUAAUGGUGCAAUAAAUAAUGGAUAUCCUCAUCUUCCUCUCAGUCGUAGUGAAACAAUCGAAUUAUUUAAGAUGCUCAACCUAGGUGGUAGUUCCGAUCUAGCUAAUCUGACUGGAACAAACAAAGAUAUGUUCGUCCGGUCUGACUCGCUGCUCAAUGAUGACGACUUCUCUCUGUCCGAGAGCGACUUUUCCAAUGCUAUCAACAAUAAAUUCGGGCCAAUUUCGCGGAUGACCAAUCAACUUGGUAAAUCAAGAGGCGAUUUUCCGUUUGCAAAUAAUCUGCUCGAUAGUGACUGGAUUCUAAAUAUGCAACAGCACUUGUACAACGAUGUUACUGGACUUGGUGAUCAAUCUUCUUCUAAUUGUUCAUCUGCAUCAUCGUCCUUUUAUCAACAUUCGCAGCAAGUACAUCCAGCAUCGUCCCAAACAUCAAGUAAUAAGAGCGAACCGAACAAUAAUACGCUGGAGUUGGAUCUGUUCCAGGUAGACAGUAAGUUAGCGGACUAUACUAGUGCCCUCAGUGGUGCAAAUCAAUCAAAUAGUACAUCACAGCUUUUACAUCAUCAUCAAGUGGAGGCACAGUUGCUUCAACAACAACAACAACAACAACAGCAACAACAACAACAACAACAGCAGCAACAACAACAGCAGCAACAACAACAACAGCAACAACAACAACAACAACAGCAGCAACAUCAUUUGUCUCACGCAACAUCUGCCUCUCAAAAUAUGGCUGCUGCAGUGCAACUUUCUGGAGGGCAUCAUGGAGUGGCUGCGACACUCAUUUCGUCACAUCACCAGCAACAUGCUGCGCAUUCCCAUCAUUCCUCACCCCAGCCACAUCACCAGCAACAGCAGCAGCCUCAUCACCAUCAACAGCAACAUCAGCAGCAGCAGCAGCACCACCACCCAUUUGUGCAACAGCAACAUCAAAUGCAUCAACAGCAGCAUGCUUUGCAGUCGCACAAGUUGCCAAGCCACCUGAUGGAUGCCAUACGUUUGACUGAACUGAUGGGAAAUGGCGGAAGUGGUGAUUUGAAGAUUCCAAGCUUCAAGGAGCUGAAGGAUUUGAAGGCCCAGCAAACGAUGACAGGUUUGUCGCCCGUGCCGGGAGUGUUAGCAGCAUCAUCGUCCUCAUCAUCAUCGGUGGCCAUGCCACCGCUGUGGAAUAAUCUACUGGAUCUGUCCGGCCUGAAACCAUCGACCGACGCUAGCGACCUGGUGGUUGGAGUUCACGGUAACAACGGCAACAGCACUGGUGGUGGUGCAAAUAGCAGCAACAAUACCAUCCUAAACAAUAGCACAGCCAGUAGUAGCAUUAGCAACAUCAAUAGCAACAAUAGUAACAACAAUGAAGAUUCAUAUGAGGCAGGAAUCGCGGACGACAUGCGAGAGCUCGCACUCCGUCUCGAGUCCGAGCUAGAGUUGGACGAGAAUGGAGUGUAGGCAUGUGAGAAACAUAGAAAAUUCACACUCAUCGUCAUUACAUUCGUACACUAAUGCAAACACACACACGCAUUGACUGAUUGUGAUCAAUAUCUCCUAUAUAACGCAAAAAAAAAUGUAGGCGUAGAUAUAGUUUAAGCUGGUGAUGAAGCUUACGUGCUCCUAAGUAGUAGACAGAUAUGACAAAGAACCAGCAAAGAGUAACAUUUCAUUAAAUGAAAUCAAGAUCGAUACAAAUUUUAAAAAUUAUCAACGUGAGGAACGAUCCAGAUUGGCAGGAUUGAUAUACGCUAUUCUUGUCUAAGAGCAAAAGAAGUUCAUUGGGCAUGCUUGAAAGCGGAAUAUAAGGAUGGAUACAAUUGCAAAUUGCGCUUAGUUUCGUAAGCGCCUAUCACUAAACUACAACUAACUACUAUUCAAUGUUUGUUUUAGAAACUUUUCUUUUCUGUUUUGCAGAAAACGUGUGUUUUAGAAAUAUUUUUCGGAUCGAAACAAAACUGCUCUAUUUAGGAUGGGCUGAUCAUGAGGAACUAAAAAUUACAUCAUGUGAAACAAAUAUUCAAGAUGACUAGCUAAUAUAUAUAUACAUAUAUAUAUAUAUAUACAUAAUAUAUAUAUAUUUCCUAUAAAUUGUGCAGUGACAGUAGGAAGGGGUAAAAAAGAAAAAAAAUGGAAAGUGUGACAAAUUGUGUGUAAAACAUCUUUCGAGUUCUAGUAGGAAACAUAAAAUUUAAAAGGAGCCAAGCAACCGAUAGCGUGAUACAGACCAGGAAAAGGUGAUUCAUUAUUAUUAUUGAUGGUUAUAUUACAAUAUGAAUAUUAUAAUUAUUCUAUUUAUUAAACGUUUAUAUUGCUAAUAUUAUCACUUAUUCGCUAUUCGUUAUUUGUAACUAUUAUUCUUAUUCACAUUAUAUAUUCUUUAUAAAACUUACAGCUAGGAGCUUUAGAAAAAAAAAAAUAAUACAAAACUAACAGAUAAAAACAAAACAAAUCAAAAUAUUGAGAAGUGAUUUAGAGCACAUUUUAUUAAUUGUAAAGUUUUAACUCAUUUCUCGUUUUGAAACUGCAUGGAAAUAUAAUUAUGAAUUAUAUUUUUACAAACAUAAUCAAAUGUUUACAUAGUAGCCAAUUAUUAACACUCUUUAUUGUGACGCUCAUCGGUUUAUUUCAAUAGAUAGUCUAGUUUCCAAACUUUUAUACGACAUUUUACGUUUUAGGCUUUUAUAUUAUUAUAUCUAUUUCAUUUUGCAUAACCUCCGAACGGGGUCUGUAAAAGCAAGAGUAAAACUAUGUUUUUUAAUAAUCAUGUAACUCAUAUAUACUUUUAGAAUAGUGCCAGCAACAAAAUUACUUACUGUAGCCGUUUCGUUUUUGGUAACCAUCACUGCAAAUAUGGUACAGUUAAAUUGAUUCUGCUAGAGAACGCGAAUGCGUUAGCAGAUUGUUUUGUUUUACAAAGAAAAAAAUAUGCUUUAAAAACUUAAUUGAUUGAUUAUUUUUCUCAAAUAGCUUGCUUACCAUUACUUUGUUUCAAGAUGGGUUAGUGGAAAAUAUCGCGAAAUUUCAAACGUCCAGCAAAACAAAUUAAAAAAGCAACAACUGUUAACAGUCAUAUAGAAUGGCAGCAGUAGAUGCCUUUGUUGCUAGUAACCAACAGUUACUUUUAUGUUCUAAUAUAGGUAAUUAUAAUCAAAAUUUCUUUCCAUAUUGAGUAUGCCAACAGAAGUAGUUGGAAAUUCGAAGGUUAACAUUUGCUAUCGGCAGAAAAAGAAAUUUCGGAAUGAGAUUGAGACGGAAAGUUUCUUGUUUUAGAAGAGAUUGCUUUUUAACGACGAUAAUAUCAUUGUGUUUGUCACCGGUUUGAUUAAUGUUUCCGUAUUCGGAGAACACUAACCAUAUUACAAUUACAAACAGAAGAUUAUUUUAAUCGCUAGGCAAGUGCAGUACAUUGUUAUAUUAUACUAAACGAAAACGUACUAUUGUAGGUUUGUUUUCUGGGUUGAUAAAUACUGUUAUUUGAAUGCAUUCGAAAGUUGAAUGUUUUUGAUUGAUCCAUAGGGUGGAGCGUUUAGCAAUAGAAACAGCAAUCGAGAGUAGAUUCAGAAUCAGCAUCCUUUCGCCUACAUAGGGGAAUAGUGAUAUAAAAAAUAAAUGAUUCGCAAGUAGAAUGCAACCUUUUACAAGGGAUAAACACACCGAGAUAAAGAAUGAUAAGAUGAGACACUGUGCAAACUAUCGCAAAAUGACAUAAUAUUUGGGCUGUUGAAUCACAAUGUUGUUCUCCGGGCUACGUUGCGGCAACAUGGGGGAAAAGUUAGCGAUGGUAGUGGCGUUGUUGGGAUUACACAUGUAAUGAGUGUGAAGGGCAUUUAUUUGCUGCUAAAUUGCAACAAACCGAUUGAAACAUUUUCCUAACUUCUUCCUUCAUAAAUUCUGCAUUUUUUUGUGUGAGAGAAGGUAUCUUUUUCGAUUUAUAUUCACUGGCAACUGAAGACAGACAAGGUACCGUAAUUCAGAACACCUCAAUUCCUAGCAGCUUUAAAAAAAUGUGCAUAUUUUCAAGCGCAGAAUAUGGUGAUGUCACUGAGUUAGAGUGGUUUAUGGUAUGUUUUUCUGAAAUCGGUCAAUUUGCACUUACAAAUUCACCUUUUUGUUCAGAUUUUGACUGCCCUUCACUGGAAAUUGAUCAUUCUUACAUUAAGAAUGCUUUCAAACUAUAAAUUCUACUGGAAAAACCUCACGUCGUAUUAUGCGAUGAGAGCAGACCUGCCUAAUUUACCCCCCGGAACAAAAAACCGCAAAGGAGAACAUUAACGUGGUGCAGUUUUUCUUAAACCCAAUGGGUUCAUCGUGAAUGAAUUACAUUCAUUAUUAUUUAUGUUUAUUAUAAAGCAAAACAAGAAGUAAACGAGUAUCAGCAAGAGAAGCAAAGAAAGAAACGAAGAAUACGUCACGAUUAUACAAAACAUAAGGAAUGAGGUCGAAACUUAGAAGCUGGAAGCAACAAUCCGAUCAUGCAAACAUAAAAAAAGAAAAACAAUGGGAUGGAAUCACCGAUUUCAUUCAACGUUUAUUAAAAAAAAACAACAACAAGAUGAGAAUACCAAUACCAAUACGUGAAUUCCGUAUGAGACACAUUUCAAUAACUGAAAUUCUUACUUAUUAAAUCUACGAGCAUAACAUAAAAUAUCUAUUAAAGAAUUAAAAAACAUUACUGAAUGCUACAACAUAACUAAAUCGAUUUUGAUCAUUAAAUCGUUUAGCUAAUGGAUUACUAAAAAAAAACAUAAUUAAUGCUAAAUUCAGCAGUUAAAACAAGUGUUAAAAAGAAUCAUAAAAGUAAACAAAACCAUGAUGAAAAAAUGGUUAAGGUAUAUUAUAUACAUUUGAAGAAAGCCUGUGUGUGUAAGAAUUUUUGAUUAUUUGAAACAUCGUAAAUCAAGAUGAAAAAAUGGAAGAAAGAUAUGAAAACUAUAUACAUUUGAUUAUAUAUUAGGAUUACAGAGAUGGAAAAGGAAACAGUUAACAUUUGAUAUAUAUUAUUGUGAGAUCAAACAAAAAGAACCCAUAGCAGAUCGCAAUCUUGUCAUAAUGAGUAUAUUAAAAACAAAACAAAAAAUCUUUUAAAACAAAAAAGAAAUCAACACAAAAGCGAAGUUACAUCUUUUCAAUACGAAGAACAACCGGUAACACUACAUACGGAAAAAAAAAUCGCGGACAAAUUAUGGUGUCCUUAAGUUUUUUUUUUAAUCAAAUUUCGUCUUUCUUUCGUCGCUCAACACUAACGGACUAUUUUGUUACAAAAAAAUAUUGGCUUGGUUAAAUAGUAAUCACUGAUAGUAAGUGGUAAAUUGUUUAUUAGUAGUGUUAUGUAAUGCGAAUAAUGUACAGUUUCGAUUCACACGUUUUAUUGUCUAUGAUUUUCGCGCUCCUUUUUGCUCCAAACACCUAAUUCGUUGCAACAGUGGAUUUUGUAAAGUAUAACUGAUAGUAUCUCAAGAGUACGAAAAGGCAAACGAUUCAUAUGAGAUUUAUUUGCUCUGUUGUUUAAAUGAUGUUUUCUCUUUUUAGCAGAUUAUUAUUACUAUAUCUAAUUUUUUAAACGCCACGCAUUCAACUGCAACAGUAGGUGGAAAGUAUGAAAUGUUCUUAUUUUUCUUCUCGUCUAUUCAUUAUCAGAUAUUAUAAUUAUUAUUAUUUUUUUAACUUAUUACUACUACAUACAAUCUAUUGUUUCCCUAUGUUAACGCUGGAGAGCAGGAAAUACCGCAAUCAAAACAAACUAGCGAAAAUAUAAGAUUAUCAAAAUUAAA